CUUUAUUGCUUCACUCCUUUUCUUCUAACAUUCUUUUUCACUCUUCCUCAGUUAUGGUGUUUUUGGUUUCUUUGAUUCAUUUCCAGAAAAAAGUUUCAAUCUUGGCUUCUGGGUUUCUGAGAUUCUCUGCAGAUUUUUAUCAGAUAAGUUUGAAGCUUCAUCAUUGAUAAUCCUCUCAAAUUUUUAAUUUUUUUUUGUGAAUCUUUGUUUUUGAGCACUUGGGUUGUUUUUUCAUUUGUUGGAUUGUGAAGUUUUUGUUUGUUUGGUUUGGAAUAUUGGUUUUGUGAAAUGGGGUUUUGGAGAAAGUUUCAAAAGUUUUGAUUUUGGGGAUGUUUUGAUUUGAAGAUCUAGAAGGAUAAUAUUGUUAGAAUUUGAGAAGGGUUUUGUAUGAUUUUAAUGAUUAAGUUUGGUGGACAUUAAACGAUCAUAUAAGAGUUGUGUGUGGACUUUGAUUGAAGGUGGAAUGAGUUUAUUGGUUUGAUUUGAUUUUGUUGUUUGUGAAAAGAAAUAAUGGAAGGGAAUUUAUCACAAGGAGGUAUAAUUCAAGGUGGUAGUAGUUCUUUUGGUGGUUUUGAUUUUCCGGGAUCGAUGCGUGUUCAACGUCAAUCGCAGCAGCAUCCGAAUACAAUGAACCAACACCAAAAUCAUCCUGGUCAAGGGUCUUCGGUGCCUAGUUCGAUUCACGACGGUUUUCCUCUUACAAUGGGGACUUUACCAAACUGUGAUCAGACGAUGUCGAUGAAUGAGUUUAGUCAGGGAGAUAAUAGGAACAAAAACUCGGCUAGCGAGGAGGAUGAGCCUGAGGAAGGUGGUGAUGGUCAUCAAGAAGGAGGGAGAGGGAAAAAGGGGUUGCCUUGGACGCGUGUGAAGUGGACUGAUAAGAUGGUGAGGCUUCUGAUAACGGCCGUGUCUUAUAUCGGUGAGGAUGUGACUUCUGAAGGUGGUGGUGGAGGGAGGAGAAAAUUUGCAGUCUUGCAGAAAAAGGGUAAGUGGAAAUCGGUUUCUAAGGUUAUGGCUGAAAGAGGUUACCGUGUUUCACCUCAGCAGUGUGAGGAUAAGUUCAAUGAUCUUAAUAAAAGGUAUAAAAGGCUUAAUGAUAUGCUCGGACGUGGAACUUCUUGUCAAGUUGUCGAAAAUCCGGCUUUGUUGGAUGUAAUCAAUUAUCUUUCUGAGAAAGAAAAGGACGAUGUUAGAAAAAUAUUGAACUCAAAACAUCUUUUCUAUGAAGAGAUGUGUUCUUACCAUAAUUGUAAUAGAUUGCAUUUACCGCACGAUCCUGCAUUGCAAAGGUCUCUGCAGAUAGCUCUUCGAAAUAGAGAUGAUCAUGAUACUGACGAAGUGAGAAGGUCCUACCAUGAUGAUCACGAAGAGGAUGAUCAUGAUAUGGAAACUGACGAUCACGACGACUUUGAAGAGACUUAUGCUUCCCAUGGAGAUAAUCGAGGAAUCUACUGUGGUUUGGGAGGAUCAACCAAAAGAGUAAGACAAGGCCAAGAAGAUGCUAAUACUUUCGGGAAUUGUUUCAAUAGUCACGAGCACAAUAAAAGUUCGUAUCCGCACGGACAAAUGGUCCAACCCGAUGGAAAUCAAGCUUUACCUGAAAGCAUGAGAGCAGCUUGGUUACAACAGAAGCAAUGGAUCGAAACUCGCUCCGUUCAGUUAGAAGAACAGAAGCUACAAAUUCAAAUGGAGAUGAUGGAACUAGAGAAACAAAGAUUCAAGUGGCAGAAAUUUAGCCAGAAAAAAGACCGUGAGUUGGAGAAGUUGAAGCUGGAGAAUGAAAGAAUGAAGCUCGAGAAUGAACGUAUGGCUUUAGAACUAAAGCGAAAGGAUAUCGGAACCAGCUUUAACUAGGUUUGGCUGUUUUGCAAGAUUUUGUUAAAUGGCAUUACAUGUUUUUUCUUAAAAAUAUUAUUAUUUUUUCUAAUGUCAUUUGAUAAUUUGUGGUAUAUUUAGUUGAAAGUAUACAGUUUUGAUGGGGAAACUAAGGAGAAAAUUAAGAACCCCUAAUGAUGUGUAGAGAUUAUUGGUUAGGGUUUUACUGAAGUUCUGUUGCCUAUAUUUAGUGAAUGUUUUGCUGAACAUUUUUAAUCUUUCAUUUUGGAAUAUUAUUAUAUUGACCUUUGUCUAGCAA